AUGGAUCGGUCUAUGAUAAUGAUAAAUAUCAAAGUAGUCAUAAGUACGCUAGCAUUGUCUUUAGUUUUUUAUGGGGGGGUUGUGAAAGCAGGCGCAAUAGAAUCAAUGGUAGGCAUUCCACAAGAAAAUAUUCUGGGGCUAUGCAGCUGCCUUCCAAAUGCGGCAUGCAAGCGGGAUGAAAACAUUGAAAAGCUGUCUGCUAUAAUCAGAGAGACAAAGAAAGCUAUUAUGAGAUUUGGAAGCUCUUCAGCACAGUGUUUAGACAUGGACAUGCUAAUGAACAUGGGCCUUAUUCCACAAAAUACAGGAACCGAGUGCUUAGAUGCCCUGAUUAGAACCAUAAAUCCAUUCCAAGUAUUAACAGCAGAAACCGUCCCUGCAUCAUAUAACACGUGUUUUGAAUUUAAAAAGGCGCUUUUGGGCAUGCUGAAUUUAAGACUUACAGGUGGUUAUGCUGCUAUAAAGGAAUAUAUGGCGCUAAAGUCUCCGCAGCCAAACCAGUGUGGAAAUAGCUCUUUUAUAGGGUUUGGAAAUUCCCGUGGGGAUAUGGGCAGUUCAUGUGGAUGCGGCAGCAGUGAUGCCUUUGGAGGGAUCGGGAGUGGAGUACAACCUAUGAUGCCUAGCCCCUGCUCUGGUGGAAUAGGAGGAGGCAUGGGCGGUGGCAUCGGGAGUGGAGUACAACCUAUGAUGCCUAGCCCCUGCUCUGGUGGAAUAGGAGGAGGCAUGGGCGGUGGCAUCGGUAGUGGAGUACAACCUAUGAUGCCUAGCUCCUGCUCUGGUGGAUUGCCUGGAAUGGGAGAAUUUAGCUCUUUGGGUGGAAACUGUCUUUCUUCUGGUAUUACUGAUAUAAUAGCACAAAUGAAGGCUAAUAACACCUGUCCAGAAAAUGUUACUAAUCAGUGUAAAAAAGUUAAUGAGAUUUUAAAUUCACAGAGAACAAAUGUAACAUUAGGUGGCUGCUGUAAUUCAGAUCUUAAUGCAAUGAUGCUAAGAUCCCUUCAAGAGCAGUCAAUUCCCGAGAAGAAAAAUCCUACAGAAUGCCCUUUAAACCCAGCUUCAAUGAUAGGAAUACUUGGUGCUGCCCAGUGUGAGAAUUCAUUCCAACAGAAACUUAACGAGUGCAGCAAGCCCGCUCCUCCUUGCAGCCAGGCAACACAGGUGUCACUGGGUGGAUGCUGUGAUGAUUAUGAGCAGAAGGAAAUAGGCCAAGGCCUGAAUCUCUGGAACACUAAUUUGGGGGUCACCCCUGGACUAGGAAUGAAUCUUGGCGCUUGCGGCAACACACAACCUAAAAGCUAUCCCUGUAUGAAUGACGUUGCUGGUGAGAUGGCCAAGUUGUCUGCAUUACAUUACGGCUGCAGGCAAUAG